GCCCCCUCGCUCUAUUGCGCGUGCGAAAGAUGUCCGGCCUCGCCAUUUCACGUUCCGCGUGCGCAGAUUCUGCACGGGCGUUAAUGCGCACGCUCAGUAGCCAACGGCUGCUUCCUUUUCUUCACCCCAUUGGACUGUUUCCCUCGAGGGGGCGGGCUUAGCGCCAAAUACAAACGAAGUUGGAACUCCUUCCUGCAGUUCUGUGUGCGUGAAGAACCGGCUGGGGGAUUAAAGCGAGGUACUCAUGACGACUCAUCAACGCUUAAGCCGGAUUGAGGCCCGGCGAGCCCCCAGUAAUGCGCCAGGACGAGUACGUGUGUGCGUGAGAUUGCGCCCUGCUGUGGGAACUGCACAGGGUCAGGAUGCUCUGUGUGUACGAGGUGUGGAUUCCCAUUCCCUGGAAAUCUUCAACUGGAGGAACAAGAUGGAGACAAUGAAGUAUCGGUUUGAUGCUUUUUAUGGUGAAACAGCUACUCAACAGGAUGUCUAUAUGGGAUCUGUUCAGCCUGUCUUGCGCCACCUGCUGGAGGGGCAAAAUGCCAGUAUCUUGGCUUAUGGGCCUACUGGAGCAGGCAAGACACACACCAUGUUGGGGAGUCCAGAUCAGCCAGGCGUGAUACCACGAGCUGUCCGGGAUAUCCUGCAAAUGACCAGGGAGGCUUCUGGGAAAGAGUGGAAAUACUCGGUAUCCAUGUCUUAUCUGGAGAUUUACCAAGAGAAGGUUCUGGACCUCCUGCAGCCCUCCCUCCGUGACUUACCUAUCCGAGAGGAUUGCAACCAUCACAUCCUGGUGCCAGGGUUGACACAGAGAGAGAUUGUGAGCUUUGCAGACUUCGAAAGCCAAUUCUUGCCUGCCUGCUCCAAUCGGACUGUGGCAUCCACACAGCUGAAUCAACGCUCCAGCCGCAGCCACGCUGUUCUGCUGGUUCGAGUGACCCAGAAACAGGGCUGGCCACCAUAUGCCAGCUGGACUGCCAAACUUUGCCUCAUUGAUUUAGCUGGCUCGGAGGACAACCGUCGGACAGGCAAUAAAGGCGUGCGCCUGAAGGAGAGCGGGGCCAUUAACACCUCGCUCUUUGUGCUCAGCAAGGUGGUUGAUGCCCUCAACCAGGGGUUGCCUCGGGUACCUUACAGAGACAGCAAACUGACUCGCCUCCUGCAGGAUUCUCUGGGUGGUAGUGCUCACAGUGUGAUCAUCACAAACAUUGCCCCGGAGAAGAAGUACUACUUCGACACUCUCACAAGCCUCAACUUUGCUGCCAAGUCCAAGCAAGUGGUGAACAAGCCCUUCACUCAGGAGACCGUGCCAGGCAACGUGUCCAAAAGACCCUCCACAGACUUGAGUGAUGCUGGCCCAGAAGCCAAGAAACCUUGCCCAGAGGAGGAGCAGUCAAGCAAUACUGAGGAGAAGCCACUGAGUGCCUUGCUGCCUCUGGAGACUCUUGAGCCAAGUGUGGUUGAACGGCUGCUGCGAUUAGAGGCCUUGGAAAAGGAGCAGGCCAGGGCUGGGAAUUGUGCUGUGCCGCUCCUCAACACACCACGCAAGGAGCGCCAGGGCAUGUGGAAGCUGCUGGAUGAGACUCUGCGUGAGCUUAAGAGUCUUAAAGAAAAGCAGCUAGAGUUGGAAGCCAAAACUCUGCAAAAGAAAGAUUGUGUAGUUGCCCCACAUGUGCCAGCCAAACCCCGAAAACAGGCAAUGGUAUUGCCCCUCCAGCAAGUGCAGCUUGCUGAAGAGACUCACGAGGAAGAGGAAGGCAUCAUUGUUAUAAAGCAGAAGAAGGGAGGCCGAAAGAGAAAGACUUCAGCCCCUGACCCUGAAAAUGAGGCUCCCCCAGAGUGGGAGGUGGAGGUCCGUCCCGAUCUGCUGAAUCGCAGUAAGGACAACAUUCUGGCCAUCCUUAACACUGGCUCAGUAAAGGAUCUCAUGGCCCUGCGCCAGAUUGGCAAGAAGAAGGCUCAGCUCAUUCUGGGCUGGAGAGACCUCUACGGGUCAUUUGAAAAGGUAGAAGACAUUGGAAAAGUUCAUGGCAUUUCUGCCAAGCAAGUUUCUUCUUUUCUAAAGGCAAAUAUCUUUGAAUAUCUUAGAAGCCUGCAGUAACUGGAUUGGCUCUGAAAAAC